GUUCUAAUUUCACCCACAAGUAAUAGAAAGUUAGCUUAUAAAUCUAGUAUUGUAGUUUCUCAGAAAGGAACCCGCUAAAUCUGAAGAUGAGGACCAUAACUUCAGACAGCGGUGAAGAGGAAAAUGUGGCCGUGAGAAGAAGUGAAUCAGCGGAUGCUCAGGGGAUUGACGGCCUCAUCAGCUUCUCAUCUCUGUCGGUGUUUGGAAGAGUGAAUGUUAUUCAGCUUCUAGAGAAAGCCAACCUGGCUGUGACCCUGGCCAAUGAAAAGGACGAGAUCCUGGCCCACGCUUCCUUCUUUGAUCACCCUGUUGGAGAUUUGGUGGAUCAGGCUCACUGGGAACCUUUCCUGCAGGAACACUUCAGCGCUGAAAACUGCACGGUGUGUUAUCCACUGAACACACUCUUCCUCCACCUAUUUGUGGCACAGUUGAAUUUUGCCACAGCAAGUGUAAAGGAGAUAAUGAGGGCUGUCUUUAAUGCCGUCGCAGAGGUGGAAUACGUCUGUCUGCUCAGCCCAAACAUCGACAACUUAGAGCCAGCGCUGGAUGGCAUGUUUGAGCCGUUGCAGCGCCUGACUGACCCGGGGCCACAGUGCGUAGCGUUAAUCUGCCACAGACAGGAGCACUGUCCAAGGCUGCACAUCCGGCCUGCCAGGGUUGACGAUCACGAUGACAUUAUGCGCAUAUUUGAGAAGCAGACAAAACUAUCCUCAGUCGUAGAUCAGCCGUACUUCCUGGCAGAAGUCAUUGAGGCUCAGAAUGAAGAAAGUCACUCUGCUGUCUAUGAGAUUGAUGGAGUUGCUGUUGGCUUCAUCAGUGUUACGUCUGAUGUUGAUUUGAAACAGCUGCGCAACAACUUUGAGCUCAGUGGAUUCAAUGGUUUGUACAAACCGCAGCAAACCAAACCUGCUGCUGCUCGUUCUGACCUGAGAGACGAUGAAGAGGAGGAGAGGCGGACCCAAAACUCCACCCCUCAACAGGAGGAGACGCAGGCAACCGGAGCUGGAGGGUUUUCAAAGAAACCCAACGCGUUCUCUAUCGAGUUCUUCAUCAUUGACAAGCAUUAUGAAAUGAGAUCAGUGGACGUUAUUCCAUAUGUAUUCAAACUUUUCCCUGACCUGGAUUUCUGCGUCAUCACGGUACCGACUCUUUCCCACGAGUUUCCGUUGCUGCAGAGUUUCCUCAGGGUGCCGGCCCGCGCCACCAGCUUGCUGCUUCGCGAACUCUACAUUUUCCACCGCGAUGGGCUGAGGCCUGUGGACGUGAGGCCGGCUGUGGCUGCAGACCGGCCCGCGGUCUCUGAUCUAGUAAAGGGUCUGAGACGGCACGAGUCCCUGCUGCAGGACCUGGACUGCUUCUACAGGACCCGCAGUGACCCGGACGGGGUGCCGCUGCAGGCCUUCGUGGCUCAGGUGGACAGUCGGGUUGUGGGGAUUCUGAUCAUCAGAGACGAGCAGGACGUGGAGUACAUCCGUGCCCACUACAACAUCGAGAACUUCAUCUACUUCAGUCACCACAGCUACGAGGAGCACGCUGAGAUUCGCCACUUGGUCCUGAAACCCUCCUUCCAGCACUUCACCAAACACUUGUUUAAGGAGGUCCUCCGGCUGGCUCACAGAUCCUGCCUGCACCACAGACUCUACCCCCCCUAUCGCAGCCAGGAGGAUUCCUGCGUCCACCAUCUGGAUUUCGUCCUCAACUGUGCAGUUCCCGUGCGCCCGCGACGCCAAAUCAUCUACCCACUGGAGGAGCUUGGCAUCAACGCCCCGUCCAGGCGGAUCACCGAGGACCAGGCACCGUUUGCUCUCAGCCUCAUCAGCAGAAAGUUAACCAUGGAGCCAAAGGUCACUGUUAAUGCCAGGAUUGUCGUGGUGGGGGCGUCAGACACAGGUUUAUCGUUCCUUGAGGUGCUCUGUUUCUGCCCUCACCUGAGGUUCAACAACCUGACCCUGGUCUCAACACACGGUUUCCCCGGCGACUAUAACCACGAGGACGUCGGAUUCCUGUCCACAAGUCAUGCAUACAGCAGCAGAGACUUGGCCCAGCUCCCUCUUCACUCCUGCAUCAACGUGGUGACCGGGAAGAUGGUGAGCAUCAACAGGAAGUCCAAACACAUCCGGGUGUCUGGUGGUAGGAAGGUUCCCUACGACCACCUCAUCCUCUGUACAGGCCUGCAGCACCGGGUGCCCUGCCCCUCCGGUGUGGACCUGAGCCAGCCGGUCACUAAUAGCCAGCUGCAGCCUCAGUCUGCUCACCGCAGGUACACCGGGCCCGUCCCCUCCAACCUCUUCACCCUCAACGACCUCUAUGACUGCAUGGCUGCUCGCCGCUGGCUGUGCGCCAACUUUGUAGAGCUGGAGGAUAAAGCCAUCGUGUACGGAAACAACAUCGAUGUCUACACCACAGUGGAGACUUUGCUCGGCCUUGGCGUCCACGGGUCUCGUAUCCAUCUCGUCCUCCCGCCUCCUGAACCCGGCGUCUCCUGCUUCGGUGACCCCGCCGUGGAGGAAGCCGUGGCGACUGCAAUGGAGAAGGCCGAGGUCCAGGUCCACCGCAACUGCCUGCUGGCCCAGAUGAACAACGGCGAGCACCCCGACCUUCUCACCUCAGCGUCGUUCACCACCGACUCAGAGCCUCUCCAUCUGCAGUGUGGCGUGUUCAUCAACCUCUCCAAUAAAGGAGUCGACUACGACGCCUUCACGAGCAUCAACAACUCCUUCCUGGUCUUCGACAGCCGACUCGUCAUAAACGCCGCUUUCCACACCAGCGACUCGGCCGUUUGCGGCGCCGGACCGCUCACCAAGUUCUCCCGUUGCUACCACACGGACGAGUGGUCGCACGCCCACUUCAACUCCAAGGAGGUGGGCCGGGACCUGGCAGCCGCGAUGCUGCCCCUCUUUGACCCGACGCUGGAUCCCGCCGACGAUCCCCCGCCUGAAACGGAUCGUCUCGUCCCGCUGUACAAACAGGCCAAGAUUCGAGGUGGGAAGCUGCCUGGCGGAUACAACUACCUGCACGUUACUAAACCGUCUGCGAGCAACCUGACUGGUCCUACUGUUAAACAUCUACAGGACAGAGGGAUUGUGACCGGACGAGUGGAGACGGGGAACUACUUCUGUUUGCAUCUGGACUGCUUCGAGCUGGUGGAGACGCUCACCUGCCUCUCUCUGAAGCCCCUCCCCGUCUCCAAUUACCUGACUCUGUAUGGGAAACACCAGCAGCUGCUGGGCCAGCUGCUGAGCCGCUACAACCAGGCCCUGAUCCACGAUCUGUACAGCUUCUUCAGACAGAGCUGCUGUUUGGCCGUUUAUCACGACAGAUUCUCCGACUUUGAGCAGGAGCUUCAGCAGAUCACCUCGACCACACUCAAGGACGAUGAGUGGAGGCAGAAGGUGAUGAUGGGCGGACAGGACAGGUUUGAAGACGCUGAGACUCGAGCUGCGGUGAGGAGCAGCGCUGUGAAGUAUCUGACCUACAACAGGAACCUGCUGCCCAUGUUCGCCUGCCCGGGACAGCUGUGACAACGGACGACA